AUGACAAGCUCCACGCUGAAACACGAACAACUGGCUCCAAUUCUGUACACAUUCCCUACAAAAGACGUCUUGUGUGAACAAUUAGCAGAGUAUGUCAUUAAAUUGCAAAAUUCGGCAAUCGAGAGGCGCGGAAAAUUCUUACUCGCCCUUUCGGGUGGCUCUUUGCCUAGCAUGCUGGCUAAAAGCCUCGUGAAUCGAGAUGACAAUGCUGUCCGUUGGGAUAAAUGGCAUGUGUUUUUCGCUGAUGAACGUCUCGUUCCUCUUAACCACCCUGACUCAAAUUUCAAGCUGUGCGACGAUGAGCUCUUUUCAAAAGUGCCCGCUUUUCCCCGCAACCAGAUUCACACAAUCAAUGAGUCGCUGUUGAAUGAUGCCGAAGAACUUUCUGAUGAAUACGAAAAGCAGCUUGUGGAUGAAUUUGCCGUCAAAGAUACCGUUCGAAACCCUGUGUUCGAUCUUAUUUUGCUAGGAAUGGGUCCAGAUGGACACACAUGCAGCCUCUUCCCCGGUCACGAACUUUUGAAAGAACAAGAUCGAUGGGUUGCGCCUAUUCAAAAUUCACCUAAGCCACCACCUCGCCGCAUUACACUGACUUAUCCUGUUCUCAAUCACGCGCACAAUGCUGUCUUCGUGCUAUCUGGUGAAGCGAAGCAAGACACUCUCGCCAAGGUGCUGGAUGAACCCCAGGCUGGUUUGCCUGCAAGUCUUGUGCGUGCAUAUUCACCCGGAAAUGUCAUAUUCUUUGCUGACGAGGAUGCUACGGCUAAGACCCACUACCCCCGUGGCAAAUUUAAUUUGUGA